AUGUGUCUCCCUCUGAAGACUCAAAGAGAAUAUAUGGAAAACAUGAAUACAAAAAUGGUGGGUACUAAAAAUGAUAAUCACGAUCGUGAGGAAAUAGAAAUCAAAGAAAAUAUGGAUAACAAUCGACAAAAUGGAGAAGUAAUUUCUACAGAAAACAACGAGGAGAGAGAUGUAAAUGUAGAUACUGAUGAACAAAGGAAAAAAUAUCAACGAACGCAUCUAGAAUCAUUUUUUGCUAUAACAAAAUCAUUAAUUAUACGUGCUCUUAUUAUUUAUUGUAUUAGUCAUCUAUUUAGACGACUUCAUACUGACAAUUCUCAGUUUUCUGGCAUUGUUAAUCCAGCACAAUCUUUACAAACUGUAAAUAUAUUUGAAAAUGGAACUCUAUUUGAUUUACAUGUUUAUUUAUCAGAAUCAGAAAAUUUUAAGGAAUUUGAUGAUCCCAGAACAUUAAUAUGGUUAGAACAAGGUUUAAUAUAUGGAGAUUGGUAUAGUGGACCAUUUAAAGAUGGUUCAAAAGUUAAAAAUUAUAAAUUUAUUCCAUCUGAUCAAUUAAAAAAUAAUGGAUCUAUAUAUCUUCAUGUAUAUAUUACAAAAAGUGGAAAAUCUCCAAAUCCUAAAAGUGGGAAAAAUAUUUAUGCAGGAAAUUAUAUGUCAAAUUCUACAAAAAUGUUAAAUAAAUUUAAGAAAGUUAGAUAUCAAAAAAAGCACAAUUUGUUAACUGGUGAAACUACUGCAAGUAAAGAAGAAAUUGAGAAAGCUGAAUUAAUGAAUCAAGAAUAUGUAUCACAUUGGCAUCCAAAUUUAACUAUUAAUUUAGUAACAGAUCAUACUAAUUGGGUAUAUGGUCAAGUGUCACCACCUUUAGAUACAUAUAUUCAUUUUUUACCUGGUGAGAAAUUUUAUAAGCCUGUAAUAUAUAUGAAUGAUUUUUGGAAUAUGCAAAGAGACUAUCAACCUUUAAAUGAUACUAUAAAAGAGCUUGAACUUAAAUUAACUUAUCAACCACUUUCUUUAUUUAAAUGGCAAAUUUAUGCAGCUCAAACAAUGAGGAAUAAGUGGACAUCCUCACUUAUGGGAGAUUCAUCAGACGAAGAUGAAAAUGAUCAAGAUACUUUGAAAGAAACAUUAUUAGAAACAAAUCCCUAUUUAUUGGGUUUAACUAUAAUUGUAUCAGUAUUACAUAGUGUAUUUGAAUUUUUGGCAUUUAAAAAUGAUAUACAGUUUUGGAAUAAUCGUAAUUCAUUGGAAGGUCUAUCAGUUCGAUCUGUAUUUUUUAAUGUUUUUCAAUCUUUGAUUGUUUUAUUAUAUGUUCUUGAUAAUGAAACAAAUACAGUCGUUCGAAUUAGUUGCGCAAUAGGUUUAUGCAUAGAAGUAUGGAAAAUCAAUAAAGUUGUAAAUAUUACUGUUGAUAAAAAUUCAAAAAUAUUUGGUAUUUUUCCAAAAAUAAGUUUUCACGAUAAAGGAUCAUAUGUAGAAUCUUCCACAAAAGAAUACGAUAGACUUGCUUUUAAAUAUUUAUCAUGGACCCUUUAUCCUCUUUUAGGAGGAUAUGCUAUUUAUUCGUUGAUGUAUUUAGAACAUAAAGGAUGGUAUUCUUGGGUUCUUAGUAUGCUUUAUGGAUUUUUACUAACAUUUGGAUUUAUUAUGAUGACACCACAAUUAUUUAUUAAUUAUAAGUUAAAAAGUGUAGCACAUCUUCCAUGGCGCAUGAUGUCUUACAAAUUUCUAAAUACAUUUAUUGAUGACAUCUUUGCAUUUGUGAUAAAAAUGCCUACAUUAUAUAGAAUUGGUUGCUUCCGAGAUGAUAUCGUUUUCUUUAUAUUUUUAUACCAAAGAUGGAUAUAUAAAACAGAUCAUACUAGAGUAAAUGAAUUUGGUUUUUCUGGUGAAAUGGAAGCUAAAAUAACUAAGGAUAAAAAACAAGAAUUUAUUAAAGAUCGUGCAAAAAAUGAAGCAAAUAAAAAAAACGAAUAA